GAUAUGUUUAAAACUAGGCCCCACAGCCAGCCACAGCUAGGCCUAGGACUGUGUUGUUCUUUAGUUCUCUUACAUUGCAUGCUUACCAAUAUUACCAACUAUCAUAGUCAUAGCUUAUUAUUGUUUGCUCUUUCACAAGGAGGACUGCAGUGUCAACCCGAGACAAUCAGAUAAUAUAAUUAAUAGUCGUAGUAAGCAGGACACCAUUCUCUAGGUACCUAUGAACUGAGAAGCUGUGAGCAAUAUGGCUGCUCCUCCUGAGCAAGGACUUCAUUCAAUUGAACAGCGAGUCGAGGGUCUUAUUGAUUCCAUUUUUGAUAACACUUUGAUUGGAGCCGCCUACUGUCCCAUAUCAGUGAAGAGGUCUGGAUUGACGCUGCAAGACAAAUGUGUGGACAGUGUACAAGAAUUUUGGGGACUGCUUGCUAACGAGCCAAAAGAAACCAGGGACCUGGCCCUCCGCCUGUUGGUGCAACACCUUCACAAACAGUGGAACCAGAAACGGGUCGAUGCGGUCAGCUUUGCCUUGGAGUCCUUGGUUGAGAACAGUACUGUAGAAGCAAAGUCGGUGUGUGAUGCGCUGCUGUCAUGUGACAAACUCACCUUUGAGGAAGAACUGCACUGGGUGGCCACGUUCAAGCUGGUCCGGAAAAUUAUUGGUGGAGUUGAUUAUAAGGGUGUUCGUAACUUGCUGAAAGUUGUCCUAGAAAAGUGUCAACUCCUCAACAUUGUGAGCAAUGUAUCUUGUCUGCCGCUCAUCAAAGUGGUCAUUUCCUUGGUGAAGUACAUAAUAGACCGGAAUUCCUGUUUGAUGCCUGCCUAUCUGGCCAUCUAUGAAAUUUCCAGAUUUGAGACAGACAAAAAUCAGCUUUGGCCUCACUGGCCUCUGGGAAAACUACUGUGUGACUUUGUGGAUGGAUUCCGGCACUGUGCUCAGAUGGUCUCCAUUUCUGGGCGUCACCAGCUGCUCCCAAUUGUUGGUCAUUCCAUGGUAGCCAGCAACGUGUGGAAGCUGAACAGGACAACUCUCAAGUUCUCCCUCAAUGGCCCCUUGCCUUAUAAUGGGGAAUUACAGGAGGCUCAGACCAACCUGUUGCGCUAUGUCCUAGAACAGCCUUACUCUCGGGAGCUGGUCUGCAAUAUGCUGGAGCUGAAUAUACAGCACAAGCAGCUGUGUGAGGUCCUCGAGCAGCAGUUGGUGGACCUCCUGGUCCUAGCCCUAGAGCGCUUUGAGCAUGACACCUCAGGCUACGGUGACUCCCAGCUGCAGUGGCAACACCUCUCCUCACAGCUCAUCUACUUUGUGCUCUUCCAGUUUGCCAGCUUCUCACGCAUUGUGCUCUCUCUCUAUGAACAGCUGAAAGGGAAGAAUUUGAAAAAGGGAAGACAUCAUCUCAUGUGGGUGUUGCUUCAGUUCAUAUCCGGAAGCAUUCAGAAAAAUCCCAUUGACGACUUUCUGCCGGUGAUGAAGCUGUAUGACCUGUUGUAUGAGGACAAGGAGCCAAUCGCUGUGCCCGACAUCAACAGUCCCCAGUCCACUCACGUGAUGGCAGCCACCUGCAUCUGGAUACAUCUCAACAAAAAAGCUGUGAAGACAAAGCUGAGACCAAUCCCGAUUUCCCUGCGUGAACAUUUAGAAUUUCUUAAACAGAAUCUCAAGUCUUUCACACUGCAAGGCUAUCGCAUCGCUUUGAUGUGUAAUGCUUACAGCACAGACACCGACAACUUCAGUCGGCCCAUGAGCUUCCUGGUGGAGACCAUCUACGGCAACAACAAGAACACCACUCUGCUACCAGGCAGCGUGGUGGCCUCCGCACCUACCACACCUCUACAGAUGAACUUCCUGGAUUCACUCACUGUCCAUGCUAAGAUGAGUCUGAUCCACAGCAUCGUGACCCGAGUCAUCAAACUGGCCAAGGGCAAGGCCGCUGCUGCUCUGGCCCCAUCCCUCGUGGAGACGUACAGUCGGCUGCUGGUCUACAUGGAGAUCGAGAGCUUGGGCAUCAAAGGAUUCAUUAACCAACUGCUUCCUACGGUGGUGGAGAACCAGGCCCUGGGCAUCCUGCACACCUUGCUGGAGAUGUUCUCGUACCGGCUGCACCACACACAGAUCAACUACCGCAUCCAGCUGCUGGCACACCUGCACCAGAUGUCCAACAACCAGCCUAUCAACCAGAACCAGCUCUACAUGUGUGUGGAGAGCACCAUACUGAAGUUGAUCAUUGGUCUGGGCAGCUCAGAAGUCCAGCCCCAGAUGUCUCGAAUCUCAAGUGAAGGCAAAGGUGGAGCUUCCUUCUUGGUCAGCGAAUCAGAGGAGCUCAACAGAGCCCUGGUUUUGACCAUUGCUCGGGCCAUGCAUGUUACUGAGCCUGGCGGAGUACUUCCAGAAGAACAGCAACAGCAACAAGGACAGCAAGAUGCAGCUCAAGGCCUCGGUGGAGAAUGAGUACAGACGUUGGAGAAGUAUGGGUGGCAACGAGAGUGGGACCAUAGCACAUUUCUCCAUACAGAGCAACCCCCCACUGUUUCUGUGCAUUAUUUGGAAGAAUAUUCAAGAUGAAAACCGGGUGCCGCCAACAGCCUUUAAGGUGUUGGAUCGCCUGGGACCUCGUGCUCUGACCUCUCACCUCAGAACCUUCGCCGACUACUUGGUCUAUGAAAUAGCUUCCAGUCCUGCAAUGCAGACGUCCUCAAAGUGCCUGGAUGCCUUGACAGACAUGAUGUGGAAGUACAACAUUAUCACUAUCGACAGAUUGGUGCUUUGUUUAGCUUUGCGAUGUCUGGAGGGGAAGGAAGCUCAGGUUCAGUUUGUGGUCAUACAGUUCCUGCUCACUGCGCGAAAUGAUUUCAGGACUCGCAUUCUUGACUUUGCCAGAGAAAACACCUCUGAACACUGGGCACAGUCCAACUGGCAUGAGAUCCACAUGGCCUUUCACAAAAAAUACCCAGAGAAGUUUUACUAUGAAGGACCGCCAGACCUGAGCAAUCCUGUCCAGCACCAGUACCUUCCUGUGUACUUUGGAAAUGUCUGCCUCAGAUUCAUCCCUGUGCUGGAUCUGACAAUUCAUAGGUUUCUUGAAGUGGGCCAGAUGCAAAAGUCUUUGGAGGUUAUACUGGACCAGAUAGGAGUCAUCUACAAAUUCCAUGACCACCCAGUGACUUACCUCUACAACACGCUGUUUUACUAUGAGAAGAGAUUGGCAGAGAAACCAAAUCUGAAGCUGAAGCGCAAGCUAGUCACUGCCAUCAUUGGUGCGUUCAGCGACAUCCGUCCAGAUACGUGGUGUCUGUCAGAUGAAUACGUGCAUUACUCCAAGAGAUCUCAGGAGGAGCUGGCGUGGACACCUGAGCCGGAGUAUUAUAUCAAGUUGAUCAGCCGACUCCGGAGCACCAUACUCGGGGAGUUACUUCCCCCCUACCCUUCGGCGGACUGGCGGUUCAAUGAGUUCCCCAACGCUGCGGCCCACGCCCUGCACUCUAUUUGUGUAGAGCUGAUGGCGCUCCCUGUCCCCGCUCAGACUGUCGGAGAAGCUCUGCUUGAUGUGUCGCUGAAACCGUCGUCGCUGCUUCCACCACAGAAGGACAUGAUGUCUUGGUACAACUCUGUUGGACUCAUUCUCACGUCUCUGCCUGCUUCUUACUGGAGCGUGCUCAACAGCCGCAUCCUGGAGGCCAUCAUGUCUCCCAUGCUGGUCAACCCGGCCGCCCACCACAGCCCGUUCAAAAUCCUCAACGUGAGCCUGUCCCACCUGCAGAAUGCCGAGCACCAAUGCUCCACCGUGCUGGAACUCUGUCACGGGGUCUGGCAUCACGCCGGCAUCGGGCAGCUCUCGCACCUUCCUCAAUUUGUGAAGGAGCAGCUGAAGCCCAUCAUCAAGCAUGAGAACCAGUUCAUUUAUCUGUGCCACCUUGUGGGGCCCUUCCUGCAGAGGUUUCACAUGGAGAGAACCAGGUGUCUUUUAGAGCUGACGGUGGAACUAUACGAAAUUCUUCUCAAUGUGGACAAAGCAAGUGAACAUCUUCACCACAUGGAUGCCAUCUGUGAUUAUCUCUACCACAUCAAGUACAUGUUUGUCGGUGACGGUGUGAGAAGUGACGUCGAGAAAGUCAUCUGCAAGCUGCGGCCCGCCCUCAAGCUGAGACUGCGCUUUAUUUCUCACCUCAACAUCGAGGAGACAACGGCUUCCACUCCCAGCAUGCCCACGCCUACGACCACGGCGGCCCCAGUAGCCAUGUCCUCUGCUGCCAGCACCCAGUGACAGCGUUCACUCGACAGACGACCCGAAUAAAGGUGACCUUCUGUGUCAUCCCGAGUAGAACUACGUUCCUGCGAGUAAUGCUGUUCCUAUUUUUGGAAAGCUUGCUGUAAACUGAGACUGACGAAGAGCGGCAAAGUUUGCGAGUGGAGAGACAGGGUUCUCAGCUGUUUUAUGACAUCCCUGAGAUGAAUGAUUAUCAACAAGUGAUUGUAGCCUCAGUUAUCCUGACUGCUUAACUGUUUCAUGUGGUUCUGCAACAAGAGUUGGUAAUUGCUUUGAUUUCUCUGUUGAUUAUUAUGGGACCAUGACAUCUUGCUGAAUAGCUGAGCGGUUUGUGUUAACACUUUCCCUGCUUGUUGUGUCAGUCAGUACCGGUACACGUAACUAUCUCUUCAAUGCUACGGCUGGAGAUUCCUGUCAUGUACGGUCAGUCUCCAUGGGGACUUACCGUGUACCGGUACAUGCCAGUAUUUCUUUGGAGAAAGGUGAAGCUGGUGACUCGGUGCGAGGUGGGGGGGGGGGGGGUGUUCAUGAUGAAGUGUAUAUUUGUUCUCCAGCACCAGUACUAUGUCUGGCCAAGACACUGACGUACUAGCCUAUGGCUUCCAUGAGAGAUUCUUUCAGUUCUUGCUGUUUACAAUACAUACAAAAGCAAAAGAAUGUGUGAAGGAGACUUUGAAAUGAGGUAUAUUCCACAAAUUUCAAUGUCGAGACAAGUUGGUUCAAAGCACUGGUACCAAGCGCUACUCAUUGAAAGUACCUGAAGGUACCAAUAUACUAACUUUUUAGUUGAGGGAUGAUUGUUGGGAAUGAUGUGUUCAGAUUUCUCAUAUAUAUGCCUCUUCAAAAAAGUUUUGAAGGUUAUCAUGACUUUGCUGCUUUUUCAUGACCAUAUGUUGUACAAUUACUUUGAUAUUGUGCCACUGACUGUAGUGUCUUUAGGCCAUUCCCAAAGGGAGGGACAUUUCUCGUUCAAGCACAGUAGAAUUGCAA